CCCGCGUCAGGGCGGCGCGACGCGUUCCUUCGCCUUCGCUGUUCCUCGCCGGCGUCCCCGCUGCCCCGCCGGAGAGAAGCCGGGAAGGGGCGACGCAGCCUCCUCCUUGGAAGGCCGGCGGGCGGCAGAGGCGCCCUCGGGCCCCGCGCGGGCGUUGGGGCGGGGCGCGGCUCCCCCUCUGGAAGCGGGGAGAUGCCGGUGAAGAAGAAGCGCAAAUCCUCGGGGCAGGCGGGGGACGAGACGGGCCUCAAGAAAUGCAAAAUCACCAGCUAUUGUAGGUCGCAAGCUUCUAGUAAAGUGAUAAGUGGUGAGGACCAUUUCUCAAGCAAAAAGUGCCUGGCCUGGUUUUAUGAAUAUGCAGGCGAUGAUGAAGUUGUAGGGCCGGAAGGAAUGGAGAAAUUCUGUGAAGAUAUUGGCGUUGAACCCGAAAACAUUAUUAUGUUAGUUUUAGCCUGGAAACUGGAGGCUGAAAACAUGGGAUUUUUUACCAAGGAAGAAUGGUUAAAGGGAAUGACCUCAUUGCAAUGUGACUGCACAGAGAGGCUGCAAAGUAAAUUUGAUUUUUUGCGCUCACAAUUGAAUGACAUUUCUGCGUUUAAGAAUAUCUACAGAUACGCCUUUGACUUUGCAAGGGAUAAAGACCAGAGAAGUCUUGAUAUAGAUACAGCAAAAUCUAUGUUAGCUCUUCUACUGGGAAGAACGUGGCCGCUGUUUUCAGUAUUUUACCAAUACUUGGAGCAGUCAAAAUACAAAGUUGUUAACAAAGACCAGUGGUACAAUGUGUUAGAAUUCAGCCGAACUGUCCACACAGAUCUUAGCAACUAUGAUGAAGAUGGGGCAUGGCCUGUUCUUCUUGAUGAAUUUGUGGAGUGGCAGAAGGUUCGCCAGGCAUCAUAGCAAAAGCAGCUCUGAAGAAAACGCUGGAUCUGACAUUGCACACCUCUACAAAAAUGGAGUCAAAACCAGAGGUCCACCUCCUUAUGAACUUUAUAGUCAUUUUUUUUCCUUUUAUUUUUAAAGGAAGCCUUGUUACAUGUGAAACAGCCAUUGAACCACACUUCUUCUGAGACUGAGAAUUUGAAAAAAAAUGUCUUAAGUUUCAAUCAUUUCAGAACAAUAAACAUUCAGAUUUUUAACCGUCUUAAAAGUGAAGGACAUCCCUUGAGUAAAAAAUGUAGUUUCUGUACUCUCAAAACCAAAAUAUUGUAAGCUGCAUUGGAAGUGGCCUGUCAGGGUGUUUGAAUAUCAGAGAUGUAUUUGACAAAUGUAGUAGGAUAUGGUUCGGGUAUGGUAGCUUGCUAAUGGAACGACUGUCUUUAGGAAGAAUGAUCGUGUUAACAUUAGGCCUUGGCUGGUGGUGUACUAAUGCUCAGCCUCAUUCGUGCCAUAGGCUACCUCUUCGCAAGGAAGGCAUGGCCUUAGUUUUGAUUACUUCAGUUUCCAUGAAUAAUGUGAGUUUGAUUGGGACCUUUGUAGCAUACUGCCGUAAGAUGGCAUAUCUUUAAUUCAUCCUACCUUUAACUAAGAUGACGGUGUCUAUAAUAGAGCAACUGCAAGUUCUUAAAACAGUUAUUCAGUUGUGUUUUGUUUUGUAAAUGGUUUGUAAUAUUAAAAAGAAAAGCCUAGGAACUCUUAGGACAAAGUAAGGUCCCUUUAAUGGACACUGGACUGAGAACAUUCAGAGAAUGACCUUUCCUUCCAUUCUCCAGAUUUGGGUAACUGUGUUAGUAUUACCUGAUAAGCUGGUUGCACCUCAGUGUGGAGGUAGAAAGUGGCUGCACUUCCCUGGUGUGGUUGCUGCUGCCUAUCAGGAGCAUGCAAGAGAGAGAAACUCGGUGUGUUAUGUGUGCGUGUUGACUUAAAUGGGCAAGUAUGGAAAUCUGAAGUGCUUAAUUAGCUCUGUAUUUGAAUACUUGAGCACCAUCAAGUGCCAUACACUCAAAUGUUACUUUGAUAAAUAUUAAAAUUGCCUCUCAGCUUAGCCAAACACAGACAUGCCUAAGGCCUGGUUUGCAAAUAUGUAAAACAAUUAAAGCAUAUGAAAAACAAUAACCAGUUAAUAGGUGGGCAAAGAUUCAGGAAAUAAACUGGCAUCUCAUUGGCCACCUUCAACUGAGUUAACUGUUCUGAUGGCUGUAUCAUCCUUUUAGCAAACCUGGGUUGACUUUAAAUACAUGGGGUGUCCCAAGAGCUUACCAUGCUAGGUAAGAAAUGGUAGCAUUUGCCUCAAGAUAAUGAUAAACCUGUUGGUGUAUUCAAUUAAUUGCAGAUAGGACAAGAUAAACUCUUACUCAGAGGUGAGGGAGGGGGUUAGGUUUUGGUAAUUGUUUUUGGAAUUUUGCUCCAGUAUCUUUUUCUGGUAUUUUAUAGAAAAGGUCUACUUCUUUUUUCAGCUUUCCUUGCUAUUCAGGUGCCUGACCGAGUUAAUCAAGGAUUGCCUUUUGCGUCAUCUUACGGGGAUGACCUUACACUGUGGAUUUUUUCUGGAAAGGAGAUGAGGAGGUUAAGGGAGAGAAGCGUUUCCAGACUUACUGCUAUUCCGUAACAGCUCAUGUUGUCUUGUGUUUAUCCCAUUGCAACUUUUAAAACUUGGGGGAACAGCCUCAUGUGAACAUAGUUGGUUGAUCUAGCAGGUUUUUCCUGUGGAGGGACAGAAAUACAACUAGUUAAUGUUUGGUGUCCAUUGUUUCAUGCCACUCUCUUGGAAAUCUCCUGAAGCCUGCAUAUAUAACUUGGGAAUAAGUCCACCUGGACAUGGUAUCACUUCUGACAUGUAGAAUUGUGCUGCGGGUCUGAUAAUCAGAGGAACACUCUUCUUGACUAUUACAAGAGGGCUGUUUCCACACAUGACCAUCAGUUUUUAUGGUUAGCCACUUUGGACGUGAGCAGUUGAAAAUCCAUAUCCAAAUCAGUGGAAUGGAUGUAUGAAAAUGUUGCAGUACUUAGCUGAAGUCAUAAGAUAAAUUCAUUAAGAUAUUGUUGAAAUGGUAGUUUUUAAUUCAGUACUUGUUAAAAUCCUCAUUACGGUUUUCCAGAAUAGGCUGUUGUUAGGAUGGAGUCCUCCUAAGGAUGGAAAACUAUGGGAGUAAGAUGGGUGCCUCCCCCCGCAAUAUGUCGGCAUAUCUACCAGAGAUGGCAUUAGAUUGCUUUCUCAUAUUGCCACUUUCCCAGCUGAGGGUCUUGUACUCUCUCAAGCGUUGAUCUGGGUUGGAGGAAGCAGUGUGAAACUAUCCAGAGGUAGCCCUUUUAAGUGAAGCAUGCGUUCUCUCUCACUGUAGCGCCAUGAUGCUUCCAACAGCACCUUGUCCCAGUGCUGUCAUUAUAUUCACACUGGCUUGAGAGUAAGCCUCUCCUACAACCUUUAUGGGACUCACUUCUGAGUCAAUAGAACUGAACUGCUGUGCUCAGCUCUGCAUAGAACUGAACUGCUAGGCUGUUUCCACAUGGGUUAUCUGCCCGAAGUUCAAUCCUGUCAAGAAGCAAUUUUUUUUUCCUUCUUCCUCACAGCAUUGUGGUGCAUUUGUACACCUUGUGCAAUUUCUCCACCUUCUCUCUGACCUUUCUCAUACCUGGUUUGCUCUGAAGUUUUGAGUAAGUGCAGUGAAGGCUGGAUGGCCGCAGUGUAUGUGGGGGGGGGGGGAAUGGCCCUAGAAUAUUGUUUAUAACAUUAUACCAAUAUGUGUACCAGGUUCUCCAAAUUCUGAGUUAUUUUUUAAAUUGCUAGCUCCUUCCAUUGUGGAGAUAUGCCUUUCCCCUUAUAUCUCUGCAAUAAAGAGGCUAGAGACUUUUUGAAAAAUGAAAGCUGGGAAUUCAGAGAACGUAGUAUGCUUACUGGUAUAACAUAUCAAUAUUCUAGAGUAGAGUUUUAAAAAACCACAAAAGCCCUGGUGGCCACGGGAGGAGUGGUAGCUGCUGCUGGGGGGCUGGAAAAGGGAAACUGGGAAAACCUGCCAUGUGUGAGCUCAUUAUUGUCAGCGACACUAGCCGCCACCCUGGUCACUCUAAUUUAUUACCCUGUUCCUUUCAUAAGGUUUUCUAAAACAUUUCUUGUGAAAUCUCAAGAAAUCAAGUGACCCCGAAUUUUUAUAAUGUCAAUGAAACAAUCUCUAAAUUCAGGUCAUAGAUUCUGUUUUAAGUAAUUUAGCCCAAAAGAGCUGGUAUUAGCAUGGUAACCAUUCAAGAUGUUGUGUCAUCCAAUGCCAACAUCUUUACUUACUGUGAAGGAUUUCAAAUUGCUGUGUGUGACUUGUAUCUCUGAGGUUUUAUCAGUAUUCUUAUAAUAAAACCAUAUUUCAGGGAUUUGCAACUUG